AUGAGUGUGAAUAAUAGUCAAAGUAGUGUUGAUGAGAAGCCUAACGACGCCUUCGCUGAAUUAGGAGAUGCCGCUCCAGUUGACGUCGAAGACGAGAUUGUUGCAAAAUUUUUGGGUGUCUCUGAAGAUGCUAGGGAAUCAGAGAAGUCAGAAAAGGAAAUGAGUUUCAUGGAAGCCGUGAGGACAUAUCCAAAGUGUGCUGGAUGGUCCUUUAUUUUUUCAAGUGGUCUUAUUAUGGAGGGAUAUGAUACAUUGCUUUUAAGUUCUAUGUAUGCCUUACCCGCUUUUUGUAGGAGAUUUGGUACCUGGGAUGAGAGCAGCAACAGCUAUCAGGUGUCAUCAGGCAAGCAGACUGGUUUGAAUGUGUGUGUGUCUAUUGGUGAAAUUAUAGGUUUACAAUUUGCCGGUACUAUUGCUGACCGUAUUGGAACUCGAAUGACAUUGGUUGGCUCUCUUGUUCUUAUUACGUGCUAUAUUUUCUUAUUCUUUUUUGCAAGAAAUUAUGCUAUGCUUGUGGUUGGUCAGCUUCUCUGUGGAAUGCCAUGGGGUUGCUUCCAGACAUUGGCCACCACCUAUGCUUCUGAGGUUUGUCCCAUGGUGUUGAGAUACUAUCUCACAUCUUAUGUCAAUGUUGCUUGGGUUCUUGGACAGCUUGUUGGAGCAGGAGUAAUGAAAAACUCUGAUUCGCGUCUUUCCACUAAAGAGUCGGGAUGGAAAUUACCUUUUGGACUUAUGUGGAUAUGGCCAGUUCCUUUGGCAAUUGGAAUUUACCUUGCACCUGAGUCUCCAUGGUGGUUAGUCAAAAGGGGUAGACUUGCUGAUGCAGGUAAAAGUGUGAAACGUUUGCUUUCAGGAAUGACCGAAGAGAGGAAGGAUAUCGUGGCAGAUUUAAUGGUCAAAAAGAUGAAAAUGACAAGCGAAAAGGAAAAGGAAAUUGAAAAGACGGCUACGUACUUGGAAUGCUUUAAAAAGAGAAACUGGAGGAGAACUCGUAUUGCAUGUAUCACUUUCAUCAUUCAAAACGAGGGAGGUAGUGCACUAGUGGGAUACUCAACAUACUUCUACGAAAAAGCUGGUGUUUCUGAUUCUUGGUCCUUUAAUUUCACGAUCAUUCAAGACUGCUUAGGACUUAUUGGAAACAUCAUUUCUUGGUUUUUGUCUCCCCAUAUUGGACGUGCUACCAUGUUCAUAAGUGGUGUUGGCAUCCAUAUUGUUUUGAUGCUAGUAAUUGGUAUCAUUGGAUUUGUGGGUCAUGGAAGUACUAGCGGAUACGCAGUUGGUGUAUUAUUGAUGAUCUUUGAUUUUGUGUACUACGUCACUGUUGGUCCCGUUACAUAUUGUAUUGUUCCAGAGAUUCCUUCUGUUAAGUUGAGAAACAAGACAGUGGUUCUUGCAAGAAAUUGCUACAAUCUCGUUGGAAUUGUUUUUAAUUGUGUGAUGACCCCAUACAUGUUGAAUCAAUGGAAUUGGGGUGCAAAGACUGGUAUUUUCUGGGCUUGCUUUGAUGUUGUCUGGUUUAUUUGGUGCAUCUUUGAGCUUCCAGAAACAAAGGACAGGACAUUUGCGGAGAUUGAUGAGCUUUUCGAAGAAGGUGUGCCAUCAAGGAAAUUCAAGUACACUGUUGUCGAUCCAUUUGAAAACAAGAAGUUAUUGGAACACUUUGACAGUGAACAUGUCAACCGGUUGGCUAACAUUGACAUUGCCGAAAAGUCUAAUAGCGUCGAUGCUUGA